AUGGCGCCAUUCGUCGUCGCGUCGCCCGCGCGCGCGAGCAUGAGCGCGUACGAGGCGGAGCGCGCGGCGCGGAUAGAGGCGAAUCGCGCGCGCAUGGCCGAGCUCGGAGUCGUCCGAGCGAAGCGCGCGUUGGAGACGGGAGGUGUGAAGCGGCGGAGAGAAUUUUUGAAGCAUACAUGUGAUUCCACGCGGGCGCCGACGCGGACGUCGAGGAGACAGAGACGCGAAGCGCCGGAGAAUUUUACCGUCGAUGACCUCGCGAGGGCGAGAGAGUUGAUGGAGAUUGAGUACGCGGAGGAGACGUACGAGCGACGUCACGUGGAGGCGCUCGCGAAGGCGCCGGAGCGCGCGUGGACGUUAUUCGUCGAUGGAUACGACGAAAAGGGGCGAAGGAUAUACGAUCCCGUGAACGGGGAGUGUUGUCAUCAGUGUCGACAGAAGACGAAGGGACUGCGAACGCGCUGUGCCGGGUGUGAGAUGAUGCGCGGUGUGUAUUGCGGAGACUGUCUGUGGAUGCGUCAGGGACAAAAUAUUCGAGAGGCAAUCGCGCGGGGCGACGCGUGGAGGUGUCCGUCGUGCUUGGACAUUUGUAAUUGUUCGUUCUGUCGCACGAAGAAGGGAUACGCGCCGACGGGGGCGAUGUAUCGAAGAGCGCUCGCGAUGGGAUACGACUCGGUCGCGCACUAUUUGGUCUUGACGAAUCAAAAGGAUGAGGCUGCGCGCGACGCGGCGAAGCGCGAGGCCGAGGUCAAGGCGGCGGCGUACGCCAAGGCCGAGACGCACGCGAUGGCGCCCUUGGACACGAAUUCACCCGAAGUCAAACGUCCGCACUGGCUCGAGCCAAAGGUGUACGCCGCGGAGUGA